AUUAAUGUUUUUCUUAUCUGUGUGGUUUUAAAAUUGAUAAUGCAAUGUUUUGAUGCGAUGACCGUUAGUGCUUAUGGCACAAAACCUAACGGUAGUGUUCGUGUUUAAAUUUUCCACCUAUCCGCUUAACACGUUCUCAUGACAACCGAAAGGCGCGCAUGGCCGCCAGCGUCGCCAAGUGGAAAUCAACAAAAUAUAGAACCGGCUACGCUGGCAAAACUGCGCCGAGUGUGGCUGUCCCCCAACGCAAGCGAACCAGUUGCCGAUAGCCAGCUGCAUGCGGUGCCAGCGUCUACUCAAAUCUGCCAAAAAACAAAUAUUUUCAAGCAUAUUCAAAAAGUAGCAUAAAUUUUGCAUAUGCAUUUCUAAAUAUAGACAUACGCAAUGUUACAAGGAAUGCCCCAAAAACGGCAACAUUUGCAUGCAACGCAUAAUUAAUCAAUCAACGUAGAGAAGCCCAACGCUCCGCAUAAUUAUGGCUUCUUUGCGCGUUGUGAAUAGACUGUUUUGUCGUGGCUUCGUUGUGCUCACUCUAUUGCUCAUGUUCUUCAAUGAAGUACUUAUAUACUAUAUAGCACAAUCUAGCUGGAAAUCAAUCGAUUGUAAACUGGAUAACUGCACCCGUCUGCUGCUUAUUGCCGAUCCACAAAUCCUGGGCGAGUCCUACGAUCGCUCUUCACACAGUGCACUUGCGCGGUACGACUUGGAUAGAUUUCUGAAGAAAUCCUUUGAACGCGCCGUAUCCUUUACACAACCACAUAUUAUAGUUUUUUUGGGAGACUUGCUCGAUGAGGGUAACAUAGCUACCGCUCAGGAAUACAAGCAAUACGUGCAGCGCUUCAAGCGCAUCUAUAACAAUAAGAAGCUAUCAAAUCGUGUUCAUGUACCGGGUGAUAAUGACAUCGGCGGCGACAAUGGCGACUACAUAUCCAACUCAAAUCAGCGACGCUUUGAGAAUGAAUUUAUGAGCGAGGAUCUCUUUGACUAUGACAAUCACUUGCGUUUCUUCAAGAUCAAUCGCAUGCUAUUGGACUUCACCAACCCCGACAAGGAGCAUAAUGCCGAACGCCUCCGCAUCGGUGUCUCCCAUGCACCACUGCUUAUUGGCGGUGGUCCCCUAUUGCGUGCCGUUAUUAGCGAUUUGGAUCCACACAUAAUGUUUUCUGGUCAUUGGCAUGAAUCGCGUAUAUUCAUAUAUCCGUCGACUAAGGCGAUCAACUUCUAUGAGAACGCCGUGCGGCAUUUUGAUCUGAAAGCAAUCAAAGAGCAGGAGCACAGCUACCUGGAGAUAAUGGUGCCAACAUGUUCAUAUCGCAUGGGUAAAUCAAAGAUUGGCAUGGGAUAUGCAGUGCUAGAAAACUACAAUCUCAGCUACACUGUGCUAUGGCAGCCCAACCGAUUUAUAUUGCUCUUCACUUAUAUGUUUUGGGGCCUGUUUGUACUGUGCAGUGCCAUUGUCUACAAAAUGAUGACCCGCUGUCCCUUCCGAGUGGCCAAGCGGCAAUCACCUUAUAGUCGCGUAUCAACCAUACCUCAAUUUUAGACUGUAUUAUCCGGCAAAUAGGCAAUCAAUACUUUUUAAUUACUGUAGAAUGUUAUAAUUAAAGUUUAUCAAAUAGUAAAGAACUGAAACCAAACUAAAAUGAAUACUUCUAA